AUAACGAGAGAAGGGUUCUGGAAGGUUCUGGGGUGCUGUCAGUCGCUGCUGGGUGGCGGUGGCGGGCGGUGGUUCCGAGGACUGUCUCCUGCUGGCGUUGGUAUCUCGGCUUGAUUUCUGCGUGGAGUGAGCCUCACCGGUCGCUAUGGGGGUGACUCACGAAGCGGGGCUGUCUCCUCAGGCGUCCCCCCAGGAGCAGGACCCGUGCGCGGGCGGCGCGGCGGGCUGGAGCCAAAGUGCUCAAGUGUCUCAUGGGAACCAGCCCCGAGGGUGCCCAGAUGCUCCUAGCGGAACAGAAACUGGGUACUGCAGAACAGCAGCCAAACCAGAGCAGGCUUCUGAGAGCAGCCGCCUGCAGAAGGCGGUGGGUCGGAAAACCGAGGCCAUGACAGGCUGCAUGGACGACUUAACCCUCAGCUCGCCCAAGAAGAGAGAGUCCUCUCUGAGGUCCAAGAGAAGCUGUGACAGAUCAUCCACCAGGUCAUCCAGCAGAUCCUCUUGCAGUUCACGCUCCAGUUCCAGCAGCAACUCUUCGGCUUCCUCCAGGAGCUGGAGCCGCUCCAGAUCGAGGUCACGGUCGUGGGCCCGGAGGAAGGGCUCGCGGCGGUCCAGGAGGUUCUCUCGCUCCUACUCCCGCAGCCGCUCACGGUCGCGUGGCUACCCCAGGUACCGCAGCUGCUACCACGCCAGGCACUACCGCCGGUACCGCCGUUCGCCCCUGCGCUACCGCUCCCGCAGCAGGUCCUGGUCUCGGGGCAGAUUGUACUACAGAAGGUCCUACUCGAGGAGCAGGUCCCGGUCCAGAGGCCGCAGAUACUACGGCUUCGGGCGAACCAUCUACCGUGAGGCUUACAGGAGCUGGAGGAGCAGGUCCCGAACGAGAUCUCGGAGCAGGUCACCUCUCCAUUUGAGUGAAAAAGACAAGAGGGAACUCCUGGAAAUUGCAAAAGCUAAUGCUGCCAAAGCUCUGGGAACAGAUAACAUUGUCUUGCCAGCAAGCUUGAAGAUCCUGCCACCUUCCAAAGAGAUAAAAACUGAAAAAGCAGAGCAGGAAGAUGCUGGCGAGUCAGCUGAGCAGUCCAGAAGACUUGAAGAAGACAUGGCCAAGAGUGGGAUGGAGCGAGCCACCAUACAGAGGAGCAUUUCUUUCAGUCCUAAUAACACAAUGGCAAAGCCAGUGCUGCAGAAACCAGCCAGCAAUGUUGUUAAAGAACCAGCAGUUUCUGUGGCCAAAGAAGAAGACAGGAAGGGGGGAAGUCCCUAUGGGCAGUGGGUUCCUGUUAAGAAGGAGGAGAAGAAAACCUUCCUAAACUUCUCACCUAAAAGUGCACCCUUCAGGGCACGUUAGUGUCGUGUCCCUGUCUGACUGCAGCCUUCUGCACCCUUCAGUAGUGAGAUCUGAACUUUGAUCAGGUUGAAGACGCUUUUUGUUGUUGUUAAUACUGAGUAUUUAUUUUGAGAUGUUAAUUUUGGAGUCUUAGGUUUCUCUUUCAGAUCUAGAGCACAGUGAUCCAGGAAGCCCCAGCUGGGAGUCUUGUGUAUAUUUGUAAAUAUUUUGUAUUGCUUUAAUGGACUCUAGAAACUUCCAGGUGGGUAACUUUUUCUAAACAAUAGUUGAGUAGCUGUUCUUUUGGACAUUCACAUUGUGUAAUUGUUUACUUCCAGUCAAUAAACUUUAGUUUUGCACUGGCUUCUCCAUGUGUCAAGUGUUAGACCUGUGUUGGGUGAGGACUUGUGGCAGUGUUUAUUUGCAGAUUUAGCUUUCUCAGUCUUACUUUUUUGGUGGUGUUUGGAAGUGGAUUUUGGCCCUGGGAUCAUUCUGCCCAGGCUGUGCAGAGUUGAGCCUCCAGAGUAGCUGCCCUGGGUGCCCCUCUGAAGUGGAGCCUGUGUUGGCAUCUCUGUUCCUGCUGUUGGCAGCCUUGCCCCCCUCAGCAGCUGUCAUCUCUGCUGAACUCAGCUUGGUGCAGGGUCUGUUCUGGUUGAGGUUGCUUUAGAGGGUUGCUCUGUAGGGCAGGGAGGAGGCUGUAGCUGCUCAGAGCUGCUGAAGUUCAGCACUAAGUGCCCUGGGCUCUCUGGCUCACCCAGAGAGGAAGGUCAGUGUGUGGUUGUGUGGGUUUGGGCAGCGUUUGGUUACAUUCCUUUUGUAAAAUAAAUCACUAAAAUAAACUGACUUUG